AUGGCGGCACAAGCAUUCACCGAGAGCCUUUUUGCCGAAGGCGAAGAGAACACCGUAGAGGAAGUAAAGAAAUCUGGUGCGCCGCCGGCUGAUAAGACAUCGGGAGCUUCAACAAAGCAGCACAUUGAUGAUAUAGAGAAAUGGCUCAUGGAGAAUCUAACCUCCAUAAUACCGUCAGAUAUGCAAUCCAUGUACAUCAAUAAAAACAACAUUCUCUUCGCUUUCAAGAAUGACAGUUCGGACGAGCAGGUUGUAGCUCAAUACAAGGAUUGGGUAUCAGAACUCACCAAAGGAGGAAGGAGAUCGGUUCUGUCCAGUUUCGACGUAUCAGCGCCGUUUAACAAAAUCGCGAACCAUCGCUUGGAGGAAGCGAGGAAGCGGGUGGCACUCGAUUACAAGACGGAUCCUUCGUUCAUAAGGGUUAUAGAUGUAAAAACGGGGAAAUACAUUCUAUCAAACCUUCUGAAGGCAGCAGCGGAACAACGAUCAGGAUUGCUAAAUUACGUCGAGUACAUCCGCAGGAACAUUGACUUGGUGCCCCUACCGGAAGAGCUUAAUAGAUACGCACUCUCGCAAAAGCUCGCUUACGAAGGGGCCAGGAAACAUCUAUGGUUUCUCUUGGGUUUAGCGGAAGAACUCAAGCUCGUGCAAAAAUCAAAAUCAUUCACAUUCAAGGUAGCUCCCGUUAAAAACGGCAACGAUAACAAUCCGUAUCUUCUAGACAAAUACGUCACAGCCAAAUGGCUUAAUAUCAGGCCAAAAGGUUUGAUUGGAAGCCCCGAGGGCGGGGUUAACACAACUGCAGAGGAAUCAAAAAUACUGAGCUCCAUGUGUCAAGAGGAUAUGUCCAACAGCUCCAUCAUGCUGGACGAAAGCGGUUCGUUUGUCUUUCCAGGUGAUAGCUCACAGGCUUUAUCAAGCUUUAAGAUGAUGGACAUGAUGCAGGACUCUGCGCUAUCGCAUACGCAGUUAAUGAACGCGUUCAGUAUGAAUGAAAGCAUCGGACCAUUCGGCGAUUUCAAUGCGGAUGCCUCCAUGUCCAACUUAUUUAAUUUCGACGAAUCGCUGGCGGGCAGCCGCCGCAUAGACUCAUUCAAAGGGUCUAUAAGCGGGAACAGCUGGAAGGCCUUGGAACAAUCCAAGGUAAAGAAAACGAGGGUCGCAGAUACAAAGAAGGUGGACACAGUCCAGAAGUUUCUAGAGAAAAUCGGAAACAAACGAACGAGUAACGAAUUGAAGAAUGCGCUCAAUACCGUCACGGUGCUUGAAGCUGCUUGCAAGUUGUUCGGAACGGGGCCAAAGUGGUCGAAUCCCGACAAAAAUGAGUUCGAUGCAGGAAACAAGAGAAAUGCCCUUGUAUACAUCAUGCCUCCAAGGGGGAUAAAUCAAAACAGCAUAGCGUAUAACUACCUCCUUCAAUACAAAUCCAUCCACCAAAAGCUGAAUGGAGGAGUCAGGCAACAACACGCUGUCUCUUACGGCAUUAUCACAUUAGGGCAAUCUGCACCCGGGGAACCAGUAUCAUCGUUUCAAGUCAACUGCGCACCAUGGUUGAGUGAAAAAUAUAGCGAGAAAUGGAAAAGGCUGGCGUCCUUCAUUGGUAAAUCUCCAUGGAUGAAUAUAUCCCAUCAACCCAUACAAAUCGCGACUUCAUCCAACGCAGAUGAACCGAAAAAAGAGAGUUACAUAGAGGAGGUGAAAGACGGGGACACUCCCAUUGUUAGCGCGCAGCAAGAAGAGCCUGUGGUUAGCGAUCGUCAAGGUUCACCGGAGCCGGAAAAGCCUCCUGAGGGGGAUAACCGAGGCGAACUUUACGCGCCGGCAAGUGAGACGCAGAAGCAGCCAACUCUUAACACUGACGUCAGUCAUCCUGAUAAACAGAUGCCUGAACAAACCGUUACCAUGGCUGGUGGUGAUAAUGAGAAAAUGCUGGUAGAGAGUACAAGUGUGGAAAAGGCAACCGAGGAGCAGCAUUCCAGCGCAGAGAAAGCAUGUGAAACUACGGUGAACGAAUCUCAAGAUGAAAUUCAUACAAGUGGCGGUGAUUUUGCGACUGAAGGAGACGCCAUUGAACCUAAACGAGAGCCUGUGGUCUUGACUCCAAAGGAUAUGGAAGACAACCAAAUGACCGCACAGAAACCAGACAACAGGAACAAUGAGCCGUUGGCACCACAUGAUAUGACCAUUGGUGGCAAACAGAUGAAGCUCACAGAGCUUUUCCGUUACGUAUACACAAAGAUGAAAAAGGUCAAACCGUUGCCGGAAUUCUCGCCCGAAUUGAUCGGGCGAUCAAAGCAUCGUUUAAACCGCAUGGCAGACGAAGAUCUAACUAGCGAUCUAAAUAUUACGGGCAAGAGGAAACGAAUACUUGAUGAAGAGCUUUUGCCAGAUGCAAUCAGUCUCAAUUACGCGCAAAUCAACAAGACCGCCUCACCGGAUGAUAGCCCCAAUAAUACGGAAGAGGGGCCAGCUGAAAGUCCUAAUAUCCAGCGUGAUACAAAUGACGUGUCUGAUGUACAGAAAGCGCGCAAGAAAGAACGGAUCAGAAAAAUGAGAGAAUUCGUGAAAAACAUGUUCGAGGUGGAAGCCGAAGAGAGUGAAGACGAAAACCUCUCAGAUCCAGAAGAUAUUAGAAAAAAGUUACAACUACUAAAAGAACGAUUGCAACACUCAUCAGGCGAAUCGGAAAGUGAUUACGAAAGCGGUUCAGAUGUGGCUGAAGAAAUGAAGGAUUUUAUCGCAGAAGUAGAAACCUUCAACGCGGAAGACGAAGAGCUGGCUAAACAAAGGUUCUACGCCGAUAUUAAACAGCAAGAAGAAAAUGAACUCGCGAAGCUUAUGCCACUCAAAGAACGGAGUGAGCGAGAGUUGACCAGAAGGGAGGAAAGGAUGAAGUUGCUAAUGCAACUCAAAAAGGCAAAGCACUUGCACGACAUACAAGAUCUUCAUCCCAGCGACUUCGAAUCAUCUGACGAAGAAGAUGGAGAAAAGAGCACGCACGGAAAGCCCAAGAGGCGCAUAACUAAAGCCGAACUUGAACAGUUGUUGAAAUUCAAAACUGGAGUUGGUGAUGUCAGUGCAAAGCUUUCAGAAACCGAUGAGUUGCGUGUAUUCAUAGAGUCAAAGCUCCAGGGAUCAAACAAGCGCGCAGAUGAGCCUCCAACGGUGCGAAACCAGAUAGAAAGGGUGACGAAUAGCAGACGGGACACCAUGGAUAACCUGCUUUCCUCCCGAGCUAGCGCAAACAUAUUCGGCGAAAACCUGGAGAAACCGGUUGUCAAGACAUCGCCCUUCGGAGCACCCUCAACGGUCAAUCGCAACAUAGCCGCAGACCCACUCGGGUGUUCUUCUAAGCAGCAGUCGACCAUUGUCAUGAAGUCGUUUAGGUUGAAUCAAUCAAUGAUGAAGCCACUCAACAGCACCAACAUCAGAAACGUCGGGGGAUUUACGGGAUUCCACAAACCAGAGGUUCCGCCGAAUGACGCGCAAAGUCAGAACAUAGCUCAGAAAGGCAGUAAAACCAACACAUCCAAUAAAUUUUGA